CACAUGUAUUGUAAACACAAACGAAUGAAUUGUUUGAAAAAGUUUUCAUUUAUCACUAAAUUAUCGCUCAUUUGAAUGAAUGCUUUAAUUGUGGACUAAAUUUGAUUCAUUGCUUGCAAUCUAUAUCUCAAUAGUCUUCAGCACCGGUUGUGACCAUCACGUGAUCAACGAUGACAUCAGAAGUACCGCCGGAAUUGAGUCCAGUGUUCGCAUACAUCGACAGCAAUGCCGACCAUUUCAUCGCCCGAUUGGCCGAAGCGGUGGCCAUGAAGAGUGUGUCGGCUCAGGCGGACACCAGACCCGACACAAUACGAGUCAUGCAUUGGUUCGCCGAUGAGCUCAGGGCGAGGGGUCUGAGCGUCGAGUUGGCCGACAUCGGGACCGAGCGCUGGCCCGACGGACAGACACUACCCCUUCCGCCCGUUCUGUUGGCGUCGUUGGGUUCGGAUCCGUCGGCGAAGACACUCGUCGUUUACGGCCAUUUGGAUGUACAGCCGGCCGAAAGGGCCGACGGCUGGGACACCGACCCAUUCGUGUUGACCGAAGUGGACGGCCGUCUGUACGGGAGGGGCGCCACCGAUGAUAAGGGACCGGUCAUGGGUUGGCUCAACGCCAUUGACGCCUAUCAACGGACAGACACCGCAAUACCCGUGAACUUGAAGUUUGUCUUCGAGGGUAUGGAAGAGUCGGGUUCUGUUGGACUCAAUGAACUCGUGGUCUCAUUGAAGGACACAUUUCUCGCAGACGUGGACUACGUCUGCAUUAGUGAUAACUAUUGGUUGGGAACCACUAAACCGUGUCUAACGUAUGGCCUGAGAGGUAACGCAUACUUCUAUGUGGAGGUCGAGUGCGCCCACAAAGACCUGCAUUCGGGCUCUUAUGGCGGUUCAGUUCACGAAGCGAUGACUGAUCUCAUGAUUCUGUUGUCCCGUUUGGUCGAUAGUAAGGGAAAUAUUUUGAUCCCCGGAGUGAUGGACGACGUGUCCGAACAGACGGACGAAGAGUUGGCCGCUUAUGAGACGAUAGACUUCAACCACAAUGAGUACCGCCAAGAGAUCGGAACCGAUCGGCUGUUGCACGAGAAGAAGGCCGACAUUCUGGCCCAUCGGUGGCGAUACCCGUGUCUAUCCAUUCACGGAGUAGAGGGCGCGCACUCAACCCCCGGCGCCAAGACUGUGAUCCCACGCAAAGUGAUCGGCAAAUUCUCCAUACGUUUGGUCCCAAAUCAAUGUCCGGACAAAAUCGCGGAUCAAGUGAUCGCUUAUUUGACCGAAGAGUUCGCGAAACUCGAGUCCCCGAACCGGUUGUCUGUCAUCAAACGUAAGGCCAGUAAGCCGUGGGUCGCCGACACUCACAACAAGAACUUCACGGCCGCUAAACUCGCUGUUCGUUCCGUGUUUGGCGCGGAUCCGGAUCUGACCCGAGAGGGCGGUUCAAUACCAGUGACGCUAACCUUUGAAGAGGUGACCGGAAAGAGUGUCCUUCUGUUGCCAAUCGGAGGUUGUGAUGACUCCGCGCACUCCCAGAACGAGAAGAUUGACCGCAAGAACUAUAUCUCAGGCACUAAAGUGUUGGCCGCAUAUGUCUAUCAAUUGGCUAAUGUCUUAAGCAAUUGAUUCCAUAAUUCAGUUCUGAUUUAGAGAUUAAUUUUUAAUAUUUUUAAUACAAACCAACGAUUUAUAUGUAUUUUAAAAUAUUCAAAUUGCAAUCUAAUCUAUAAAAUGAUUUAUUAAUUAUUUUGAA